AUGGCUUCUCUCAUCAAACUCUGUCCCUUUUACACUCGGGACCCCUCAGUUUUCCUGCGGGUGGCUAAACCUGCGAUCCUGCGCAGUGCAGAGCGUUGUCCAAUUUUGGUGUCACGCGCCUUGUCCACUACUGCAGCUAACCAGCAGAGGUCCAAAGACUCCACACCGCCUACUGGAAUCUCUUAUGGAGCCUCCAACCGACGCACCCUGGCUCAAGCAGCCCCACAAGCUGCCACCGCCAGUGCCAAGUGCCCUUUUUUUAUUGAGACAGAGAUGGAGAAGGAUGAGAGUAUUAUUGUCCAGAAAGCAGGGCCUGAAGUGCAGGAGGAUCUUAAAGCCUUCAAAACUGAAGUCCAGUCCAGCCUGAAGAAGAAGUUCCUUGGUACUCCAGUGAAAAAAGUGAACCUUGGAACUGGGGCUCCUCUCACCCCCACUCAUCUGAUCAAAGAAAACAUGACAGGUGGAGCUGCCUUUGGCUACGAUGAGUUCUUUGACCGGAGGAUUGAGGAGAAGAAGCAGGACUACACAUACCGGGUGUUCAAAACUGUGAACCGCAGGGCUGAAGCCUACCCAUUUGCUGAAGAUUUCUCUGACCUCCAGGGCAGCAAGAAGGAAGUGUCCGUUUGGUGCAGCAAUGACUACCUGGGCAUGAGCAGGCACCCUAAGGUGCUGCAAGCAAUUUCGGAGACUCUCAAUGAGCACGGAGCUGGAGCAGGUGGAACCAGGAACAUUUCGGGCACCAGCAAGUUCCACGUGGACCUGGAAUGUGAAUUAGCAGACCUGCACAAUAAGGAUGCGGCUUUGCUCUUCUCUUCAUGCUUUGUCGCCAAUGACUCCACUUUGUUCACAUUGGCAAAGAUGCUACCAGGUUGUGAAAUUUACUCUGAUGCUGGAAACCAUGCCUCUAUGAUCCAGGGCAUCCGAAACAGUGGAGUGGCUAAGUACGUUUUCCGCCAUAAUGACCCUGCCCACCUUGAAGAACUGCUCAAAGAGUCAGACCCAAAGACACCAAAGAUUGUUGCAUUUGAGACUGUCCACUCGAUGGAUGGUGCCAUCUGCCCUCUGGAAGAGAUGUGUGAUGUGGCACACAAGUACGGAGCUAUGACAUUUGUGGAUGAGGUGCAUGCAGUGGGUCUGUAUGGGGCUCGUGGUGCGGGUGUCGGAGAAAGAGAUGGAGUCAUGCAUAAGAUGGACAUUAUCUCUGGAACACUGGGGAAGGCCUUUGGCUGUGUUGGCGGCUAUGUAGCAAGCAGCGCUGCACUCAUAGACACAGUGCGUUCUUAUGCUGCCGGAUUCAUUUUCACUACCUCCCUCCCUCCCAUGGUGCUGGCCGGAGCUUUGGAGUCUGUACGUGUCUUAAAGAGUGAAGAGGGGCAAGCUCUCAGACGUGCCCACCAGCGAAAUGUCAAGCACAUGCGCCAACUUCUAAUGGACGCUGGACUGCCUGUCAUCAACUGCCCGAGCCACAUCAUCCCCAUACGGGUUGGGAAUGCCGCUGUGAACACCAGAAUCUGUGACAUGCUUCUGUCUGAGAACAACAUCUACGUCCAAGCCAUCAACUACCCAACCGUUCCCCGUGGAGAAGAAUUGCUGAGGCUGGCUCCCUCCCCUCACCAUACCCCUGCCAUGAUGAGCUACUUCGUAGAGAGCCUGGUAAACACAUGGAAGGAAGUCGGGAUGCCCUUGAAAUCACCAUCUGCUGCCGAGUGCAACUUCUGCCACCGCCCCCUGCACUUUGAUCUAAUGAGCGAGUGGGAGCGUACCUACUUUGGGAAUAUGGAGCCGAAAUACAUCACCAUGUACGCCUAA